AUGUGUGAGGAGAAUCAGACACAAGUCACUCAGAUACAUCUUCUUGGAUUCCAAGGUCUAAACAAAUACGAGGCUCUCCUAGUCACUGUUCUUAUCCUGGCUUAUGCAUUUAUCUUAGUUGGAAACAUUCUAAUCAUCCUUUUAGUGACCACGUUUGACCAUCUCAAAACCCCAAUGUUCUACUUUCUGAAACACUUGUCAACAGCUGAUGUCUUAGUGACCACCAGUAUUAUACCCAUAAUGUUGGACAUAAUAUUUACCGGUGAGGGAAAUUUGCCAUUUUGGGGCUGUCUUAUGCAGAUGUAUUGCAUUGGUAUAUUUGGAUUUGUUCAAUGUUUCCUCAUUGCUGUCAUGUCGUAUGAUCGAUACUUGGCCAUUUGCCAUCCAUUACGUUAUUCGUCAAUAAUGAGUCCAGAUCUUUGUCUCCAGCUCAUUAUUGGAUCAUGGUUUUUAAUUACUGUGUUGAUAUCAAGUGAUUUCAUUUUUUUUAUUCAGUUUAACUUCUGUGGCUUGAAUUUCAUUGACCACUUCUUCUGUGACUUUGGCCCCAUAGUAGAAUUGGCCACUUCAGACACUUCCAUUUUGAUCUUACAAGACUUUGUUCUGUGUUUUUUUUUAAUACUUUUCCCUUUUGUAUUUAUCAUUGUCACUUACUUUUGUAUUUUCUUCACCAUUCUUAACAUUUCUUCGACUGAUGGUAGAAGAAAGGCAUUCUCCACUUGUAGCUCUCACCUGACCACAGUGUGUGCAUAUUAUGUAACCCUAAUCACAGUCUACAUAACUCCAUCUGAAGAAAGCACAUCCAAUACCAAUAAAUACAGAUCUCUCUUGUAUGUAGUAGUGACCCCAUUGAUGAAUCCCAUUAUUUACAGCCUGAGGAGCAGCGAGAUCAGGAGAGCUAUUCAGAAGAUGAUGAGUUAUAUCUUACAAAAUGAAUGGAAAAGAUGA